AUGACGACCACACUGAGUCUCGCUGAUGAUAUACAGCUGGCGAUCACGCAGUGUAUGACGGCAGGCAACGAUGUCGAGUCUUGCUUUCCUACCAAUACGACGGAGAUUGCUCAAGGCCAACUCAUGACCUUUGUGUGGAACAGCCGUCUGCCAGAACUUGCGCAGUCGGGCAAGGUCGAUGUGCACUUAUUCCGCGAUGGCAACGACGGGGCCGGUGUCUUCACCUGGACAAACAUAACGAACCCCACGAAUGGCUUUCCCGGCGUUGUAUCGCUCGUGAUGCUCAAUGGCUUUUUCAACGCGACGUGGACUGGCGCGAACAUCAGUACACCGUUCUUCUUCACCAUUGCCCCGUCGGGCACGGUUCCCAAGGAGCAGGCAGUGUUCCAAGCAAUCCAGACGGGGCCAGCCUCCUCCUCGCCUCCCACGACGUCCUCCAUUGGGUCUGGUGCACUCGCUACAUCAUCGCCCGGAGCUGACACUCUCGCUUCAAGUUCGCAUUCCUCCGCGGGGGCGAUCGCGGGUGGUGUAGUGGGCGGCAUCGCGGCGCUUGUGCUGAUCGGUGUCGGCGCUUGGCUCAUCCGGCGGCGGCGCCGCGCGCGUCGUGCCGCCUCCGCCCCUCCACAAGGCAUGAACAUGGGUCACUUGCGCAUGCGUUCAGUGGCCACGGAGACGAGUUCUGUACACUCAGAUGACACGAAAGUCGCACCGUCGAUCUACGGGGAUGACCAGAAGAACCUCUAA